AUGGAUGAUCUUACGCCAAAGAAAAUUUCAGAAGCUAAGUCUUCUGGUCUUAUGGUUAUAUUGUUUUUCAAUCUUAGCUGAGGUCUUCUAUUCUACCAUUGAUAAUUCAUUGCUCAGUCUAAAAGUCUUGAUUUUCUUUGUCCUUUGAAUCCUCAUAGCAAAAAGGUCGGUCUGCAUGGUUUUGAGAUAAUUUUCUUUCUUACCUUCCACACGAUUUCUCUGUUUCAGUUGGAAUUUGGAGAGAUCAGCCUCUGUUUUGUGUAGCAAGCAGGAUUAUUGGACAUGGCAUCGUCAUAAAUCUGUCAUUUCCUUCUCUAGAUUUAUGAUUUGCAGUUGAUUUGAGUCUUUUUGUGGAGUACUCAGUACGCAAAACUCCUACAUGUCCUUUGGUGGCAUGUGCAUUAUUUUUAUGUGAGAUAACUUAUCAGCCCUCUCUCGUCUCUGUCAAAACCGGCUCUUUCUCUUUCCUCUUUCUUCUUUCUUCUCCUUCUUUUCUCCUCUUCCUCACAAAACAAAUCUCUAGCAGAAGAUUUUUCUUCUUGAAACCACCAAGUCCCUUUAUCACCAAACUAUGAAAUCACGAACUCCCUUCAUCAAUAAAAAUUGCAAAGAUUGUUCUUUUUUACUCUUUCUCCUCGGCUGCUUGUUACAAAAUGUGGGCCCAUCUCUCAUGAACAACUUUUGGCAUGUAUAUAUACUUUUUUCCAUUAGUACACAGUUGGCUUUCAUUGCUAGAAAUGAUAGUGAUUUUUACCCAAAAAAACAAAGGAAUAAAAAUUAUAAUUUAGGAUAAAAAAUUAUAAUCAAUUAAACCUAAAAAACGAGUUUAUUAUUGGAGUUUUUUUUUUUUUUUCAAAUUUUUUUAAAAAACGAAUUCAUUUGGGGUCCAUUUGCUUAUUCUGUUUUGCUAUUUUGUGAAUGAAUAACUUGAACCCAAGGUUCCAUUUUGCCAUUAUUGAAAGAUUGAAGAUAUGGUUUUUGACACUGAUUUUUUGUGCAAAGAGAAGGGUUCAUAGGUGUGGCUUUUGGGAAAGAAAGAGAAGAAAAAGAAAACGAAAGAGAAAGGCAAGUGAAAUAGCCAGUAGCCGGUUGUGAGGGAGAAAAGAGAGUAAUAUGACGUGGAAAGUAAUCCACAUGGCAUGAAAUGAUAUGCAGGAGUUCUGAAUCUUGUCAUAAUUAUUUCUUGAAGAGUAUAGAAAUAUGGACUGACCCUUCUGUCUGCCAAUCUAGUCCUUCCAUAUUUCCGUUCUGUUAGCCUAUCCUUCAAUAUAUAUAUAUAUAUAUAUAUCUAACAAGUGCUGCUGCAAUCAUUAUUCGUAUAUAUAUAUAUAUAUAUAUAUAUGUGUAUCUAACAAGUGCUGCUGCAAUCAUUAUUUGUUGAAGAAUAUAGAGAAUGCUGCCAUUAUUAUUUGUUGAAGAAUAUAGAAAUAUUGACUUACCCGUCUGUCAGCCAAUCUAAUUUUUCCAUAUUACCCUUUUGUCAGUUAAUCCUUCAAUAUUUAUAUGUAUAUCUAACUUAAAAAUGCUAUCGCCAUAAUUAUUUGUUGAAGAAUAUAGAAAAUGCUGUCAUAAUUUUUUGUUGAAAUACAGAAAAUGCUGCCAUAAGUAUUUGUUGAAGAAUGUAGAAAUGUUGACUUACCGUCCUGUCCAAGGCCUUUAUUGUCCCCAUGUACGGGUUAUUCACCGUAUUGGAGCAUCUCUAGUGGGGUUGAAUUCAAUUUCGCAUUUCCUAAAACACAAAUUUGAAGAGCAGAGAGAGAAACAUAUCACAGUUCUAAGAUGAGUGAACUGCAGAACAAGAUCUGGAAGGCGCUUCUCAAGGAAACCAAGAAGGAAAACCUGCAGCCUGGAGAUCACAUCUACACAAGGAUACAAGCCAAUACAGAAGACCAUGGAAUAUAUUUGGAUGAAAAAAACGUGAUCCACUUUACUCAAGGUCGACGAGGAGCAAGGUCAGAUGAUCAUUAUAGUACAUGUCCAAAUUGCAGCGACCAUGAUCAAUCAAGUUUUCAUGGUGUGGUAUCUUCCUGCAUGUAUUGUUUCCUUUCUGGUGGAGAUCAUCCGUAUCUCUUUGAAUAUGGUGUUAAACCAGCUCUCAUCCUCACCAAACUCGCAGGAGCUGCAACUCUUGCGCCUGCUGAUCCAGCUGAAGUUGUACAGAACCGUGCAUUUAGUUUCCCAAAAAAUAAUAGCAUUCACUCCAGCAGCCACUACCGUUUCAUAAACAAUGGUAAAGACUAUGCAAUGUAUUGCAAAACGGGCUUGCUAGUGAUAGAUAACAUAAAUUUCAGCAGAAGUUGGCAAGCUGCAGCAUUUUUCGUGGCUGUUACUCUCACUUUCUUUCUUUUUCUGCAGCAAAGCACAGCUGCAACUUUUAUUGGUGUGAUAGCUACAUGUUUUGGCUUAUACUGUAUUUAUAGAUUUGGUUCUGAUAUUGGAGCCCGUCCUAAUGUUAUUAAAGUGGAUCAAGUAGAGAAAUUGCCCGAUGUCGAUAGGAAAUUGUCUUCUGCUGCAUCGGGCUUCAGACCUAUUCAAUCCUUAAUUGACCUGUUCAUAGUAUUGCUGAUGACUCAGUUCAAUAUUCAGUUGCUAUUAACAGUACAAACGUGGUCUGAGCCCCUUCAACUGCUGUCCGAGGCUCUUCGAGUGGUCUGGAUUCUAGCGUGUAUCAUACUUUUCUACCUAGCAAUAUUACAAAAAAGAUUGAUUUCGAACAAGAUACAUAAAAGGCAGUUGAAGCCUGGAGAUCACAUCUACACAUGGAGGCACAACUCUUGCAGUACCUAUGCCUAUCAUGGUAUAUAUGUCGGUGACAGUGACGGAGAAGUGAUCAGCCUCAUUCGUGGAGUAGACCCUAUUUUACCCAGCUCAGCUUCAUCCCAUUCAUCAGACAUUCCCAUAAGCACUAGCUCCUCCACUGCUAGUAAUCAAGCAAAGAAAAGUUGUGUAGAAUAUUGCAGCCUAGAUAGUUUUCUUAAUGGUGAUGAACUCUAUGUCUAUAAAUAUGGUGUUAGUCUUGCUUUCUUUCUAGCCAAAAUUCUAGGUGGUACUUGUACCAUUUGCUCUACUGAUCGGCCUGAAACUGUUAUUUACCGUUCCCGCCGGGAGCUGAACAAGGGUUCUGGAACUGGUGCCUACAACCUUUUCAACAACAGUUGCGAAGACUUUGCAAUAUAUUGCAAAACAGGGUUGCGUUCGAGAAAUAGAAUUAUUAACCUUGGCAGGAAUGGGCAGAGAGCAUCUUACUUUGGUAUGCUUUGUGCUAUUGCCAUUUUUAAGUUUACAUUCCGGCCUAGCAAUCCUAUUGGUGUGGCAGCUACGGUUUAUUUCAUCUACUCUAUGUUUAGAUUUGUUGCUGAUGCUACACAUUGUGGGAAAGCUUAUGAAAUUAGACUUAAGAUAUUGCCAUCUUGGAUGCGUAGUGGUCGUUUUCCGAUAGUGCCUCAACUCAUGCAUCACGAAGGCGAGAAUUUACUAUUCUAAAAGAGAAUCAAAGCAAGAAAAAUCGUGGAUUAAUUUAUAAUUUAUGUAGGAUUUAUAUGGCGAUAUUGGUUGAGUUUUAAUUUUUAAUCAAUGAUACUUGCUAUUUUGGAUGUUAAACAUAU